UGCCCAGCAUGGCGUGAGCUCUUUCCGUCGCCAUGGCGGCGGUUUGUUCGGCGAACUUAUUGGACGAGGUCUUGGAGGAGAUCUCAGCUGCCAAGGCGCGGCCGAAGGCCGCGGUUGCCAAGCCGGCUCCACUGACUCUGCCAGUCCUGAAAGCGAAGAGCGCCGCGAGCCACGCCGGGCUGAAGGAUCAGCUCCGCGCGGCCGCGGGGAAGCUGCGCGGCCGCUUCGCCCCGCGCGAGGCAGCGCGGGCCCGCGAGCGGAAGCUGGAGGCGCCGAACAUGAAGAUUGCCAGCCCACGCGAGUUCAAUCCGGCGCCGGUGAUGCACGAGCCACCGGCCCGGUCGUGGGACACCCUGCGGGUGGAUGCGCCGGAACGGCGAUACCCGCUGCGGAGCUUGGGGCGGUAUGCGAAUCACGAGCUUCACGACAAGCCUCCGUGGAAGGCGCGUUUUGUUUUCUUCGCCUCUCGCGAGUUGUGGGUGACAGCGCCCGGACCUGGGAGUUGAGCUUCCGGUCAGGCGUUGUGACGCCAAGUUCCGACUGAUGACAUCAGCUGCUUAGAUGGGACGCCGUUUGGCAGUUGCCAGCAUGGCAGUGAAGGGUUUUCUUGGAGGUGUAGCCCUUGUCGCAUCGCGCGAGGUUCUUCCAAUCGCUUCCAGAUAUAUCAUGAUAUAUCAUGAGAUAUCUAGCCCUGACGCCCUCGGCUGCUCCUCGAUCCUCUGUCUCUGAAGGAGCAGAGGCUCGACCCGUUUCGGGGACGAGAAAA